AUGUCGGAACAAAAUGUUGCCGUUGGAUCGCCCGCCGCCGCCUCCGCUACUGCUAUCGAGGAACGUUCGGCUAGCAUUGCUCCAGGCUCUGUAGCAUCUGCUGCUUCUGAGGAGAAAGAGAAAGUCUAUGGAGGCUGCGAGGGCCCCGAUGCCAUGUACGUGAAGCUGGUGUCCUCAGACGGCCAUGAGUUCAUCGUGAAGCGAGAGCAUGCGCUGACGUCUGGCACAAUCAAGGCUAUGCUCAGCGGCCCCGGACAGUUUGCUGAGAACGAGGCCAAUGAAGUCAACUUUAGGGAGAUUCCAUCCCACGUCCUCCAGAAAGUGUGCAUGUACUUCACGUACAAGGUGCGCUACACGAACUCCUCCACCGAGAUCCCGGAGUUCCCGAUCGCGCCCGAGAUCGCCCUGGAGCUGCUCAUGGCGGCCAACUUCCUCGACUGCUGAGCUAUCCAAUAAUAUCUACACACAGUGGCGACGCGGCUAAAAUAUCCAUCUUGCGAGCAGAAAAGGCAUUCCUGGGUGAAUCAACUUUUUCUUGUCACUAGUUGCCAUGGUUACGGUCUCCUGUGUUACUCUUAACACUUUGAUUGCCAAGCCAAAAAUGGCGAAAAUACCGAGAUGGCCAACGAAUGUCGAAUAGGUAAAUCUCUUCUCUAGUGGCCAAAACGAAUGCCAUAAGCCAGCGGUCGGCAACCUUUUAGCAGCCAAGGGCCACAUAGUAGUUAGCGAUGUUAACGCGGGCCGCACUUUGUUAAUAUUUAUGACUUUAUCAGAUAUUGUCGUUUGUUAAUAUUACAUACAAAAUAGCCAGGGAGACUCGCGGGCCACAAGUGAGAGGUUCGAGCCAAUACGCUACGGCCACUAUUUUGCAGCGCGAACAAAAUUGUAAGGCUUUAUCACGCGACAUCGCGUCAUCGGCCACAGGGUAAUGGACUGCAGCGUCGCGUGAUGUGGCAAUCAACGUGUUAAAAUACCUAUUUCGUAUUUAAAUGAACCAAACUUUGGUAACUUUUGGUAGUUACCAAUAAAUUCAAGUUUGAACCUAUAACUAUAAGGCCUUUCCAUAAUGGGACAUCUACUAAGCACGUUUGUAGAACAUGGUACAGCAGCACUUCUAAGAAACUAUGCUACUAUUGUCUCCUGGCUGAUGGGACAGAAUAACAACAAGAAAUAGUUGAUCAACCCUCCUGAAAAGUGUGGCUAUUUUUUAACACUACCGAUAAAGCUAAAAAGCCGAUAUUUGACAUGAUAACGUUUGGUAACUUAGGCCCACUUGCACCAUCCCACUAACCCGGGGUUAAGCGGUUAAACCGUAAACAUUGUGUCAAAUUGUACUGGUUACCAUGGUAACUCCAGGUUUAACCGGUUAACCCCGAAUUAGUGGAAUGGUGCAAGUGAGCCUUAGCAUUAAAUUCUGCAGGUUAUUAAAGUAGCUGCCAUACGCGUAACAUCUUCGACAAGCAGACCUUUUGUGGAACGCCCCCUGAGUUACACUAAAUUACUUUUCCUUGUCAAAACGGGCAAGCCGAUGGGAAUUGAGUUAUGUGAACGCGUCGCCACUCGAAUAUUCAAAAUCAACUUAAUUUUCUUUCAAGAGCUAUACACGGGCAUUUUUAUUUUAAAUUUUACUUUAAAGCCCAUGAGGGUUACUUUCCGAAGUAGCCAAAAAUGUAUUGACGACAUUGCUGCCUCACUACGCUUAACAGUAUGUUGCAUUGGAGAUUCCUUAUAUACAUUAACGACCGGUCUGGCCUAGUGGGUAGUGACCCUGCCUGCGAAGCCGAUGGUCCUGGGUUCGAAUCCCAGUAAGGGCAUCUAUUUGUGUGAUGAACACUAAUAUUUGUUCCUGAGUCAUGGGUGUUAUCUAUGUAUAUAAGUAUGUAUUUAUCUAUAUAAGUAUGUAUAUCGUCGCCUAGCACCCAUAGUACAAGCUUUGCUUAGUUUGGGGCUAGGUUGAUCUGUGUAAAGAUGUCCCCAAUAUUUAUUUAUUUAUAAUCAACCUUAUUCACGAAUCUUGUUCAAACUAGUCUUCUAAUGUAACAUACUGUACUGUUGAUACGUGGCGGUGCAUCUUAACACAUUCAUUGCCACCCAACCAAACAAGACGUCCGCGCCAGGCCACAACAAAUUCGUCAUAUAAAGCAGUAGUACCACAAUCCCGACUAUCGGGUAGUCCGGCCUGGGAACGAAAUCAUAAAAUACCCGAUAGUCGGGUUUUCGGCACUGAAUGUGUUAACAGUGGUAGUUGAACAAUUUUGUAAUUAAAUACAUAUGAUUCAUUGAAGCAUUAUUUAUUAAGCUAACAUAAAAUAGCAGAAAUAUAAAUUCAUCAAUCGAUUUUUUGGAUCUCAUAUCCUAUUUUUGUGCUGAUAAUAUUAAAAUUGUAUUUUCUUGAUCUUUUGACCGCUUUUGUCGUAUUCAAAAAUGUCACACACACGCCAACAUUAUUGGUAAUAUUGGAACAAACUCACGCGAAAGAAUGAAGAUUAUGUUUUUAACGUGAAUCGUUCUUGGCGCUAUGGGCCAUUUCAAGACGCAUUAACCCUUUGACUCCAACAGUCUGCUAUAGCCAACAAAGGUUCUGGUACAAAAUAAACCCUAAUACAUUAUACUAAAGUUCACUAUUGCGUGUGAUAUGAGAUAGUCGUGGCGGUCAAAAGGUUAAGGAUUCUUGUCACUCUGUAGAUAUGAUUCAAGUUCAAACAUGAUAUUUGUUAAAUCAAACAUAAUUAAUAUUGUAUAGUUUUGAGAAGUGCUGGACUAAAUAAAGUAACAGAGUAAACUAGACAAUCGUACUAUAAAAUAUAAGCUACUAAAGAAUUGUCAAAUGACAAUGACUUCGACUGGGUUGGAAUAAAGGCCAGUUGAAAAUAAGCCUUAUGUAAAUGUCAGAAAGUAUAAAUUGUGUAUUGUCUGACAAAAAAAACAUGUCAAUCUGUAGUUGCAUUUUCUUUUGAGUGUGAAACUGCGGUAUGUAGGUACCUACCCUUUUAAAAUAAAGAAGGGUUUUUUCUCUGUCCUCGCUAAUUUAAUCAUAAUUUAGUUUUGGUAUUUUGUACAUAGCGUAUGGUUCCAACUUUACGAGUGGACAUGUCCAGGUAUGUUCAUUUUAUCAAACUAAUUCUUGAAGUCUUUGCUUUGUAUUUUUGUUAAUAAAAUGUAAAUUUAAUUUGUAAA